AUGCGUGGAAAAGAACCAAAUGAUGCUCAGAAACCCCAUCUUUCUCUACGAACGCCUGCGCUGAAUUCCCCUCCGAGCUGCGAAGCUGAAUUUGUGAACUUACAAUUACUGGGUAGGUGUUACUUGAAUAACAAUCAAGCUUAUCGUGCUUAUCACAUUCUAAAAGGCACAGAAACAGCUCAGUCUCGCUAUUUGUUUGCAAUGUCGUGCUUUCAGAUGGAUCUUCUUAGUGAAGCUGAAGCAGUAUUAUUGCCUGCUAGAGAGCCUGAUGCAGAGGUUCCAGAAGGCGCAGCUGGUCAUUACCUUCUUGGACUCAUAUACAGGUAUACCAGUCGGAAUGAAAAAUCAGUCAAACACUUGAGGAAGGCAUUGUUUAUCUAUCUGUUAUUUUGGCCUGCAUACAAGGAACUGUGUACAUUAGGUCAGUGCAAAGAAUAUAUUUGCCACUAACUUUUUUUGAGAUAAUGGAAAAACAUUUGUGUUAUGAGUAAGGAGUAGAGCAAUUAGGGGGUUGGUCCAGCAGUUAAAUAGGGAGAUUCUAUUGUACUAGUCUAUUGUAAUUACUCUCCAGUCAGUUGUAACUGUAGAAAGCAGUUAUAAGAUCCAAAGAAAUAUAAAUAAGAGCUUACUUGUAAAGAGGAGACUAUCGGAGAUCAUUAAUAAUCAAAGAUAUCUCUCAUCUUUGAAAUAUGCUCUUUCUCUUCUCAUGCAAUCUAUUUCUCUUCUCUACUCUCUCUUCUCUUUUCUCAUCUAUUUCUAUCUCUUUCUCUUUCUAUUUCUCCGUUUUAGUAAAUGUGCAGGCUGAUAUGUAACAAUUUGAUUGCUGAACUUCUUAAUGUAAAAAGAUUAUCAUGAUUUAUAAGGUUCUUUUCAGUAAAGUAAUUACAUUUUGUCAUCUGUUUUUGAUUUAAUGGGUUAUUAAUUCUGGAAAUUUUCAUAUGCAUCUUUGAGUACAAUAUUUCAAGGUGAGAUGGACAAUAAAACACGUCUACUUGCUUGCACAAGUGUAAACCCACUUAUAUGUGUGCAGCAUAAUUGAUGGGUGUUUCAUCCAUGAAUUUUGGUCAGUUUUUUACGCAAACAACUGUAUAUCAUUAUUUGGUGAUCUUUUCAAUUAUUUAUUGAUUUAUAAGAUGCAUACUAAUAUAAGUGGAAAUGAGACAGAAUUUUCUGGCAUUACAAUCUAUAUCUAUGUCCAAAUGUCAUUAAUUUGUUAUACGUACCCAUUUAUAAAGUGUAUUGAUUGUGAUAUCAUGACCUAGAAGACUCUAGUAUAUUAUUGUGCGUGUUUUAAUUACUUCACUUCUGUUCAUUUUUAUUGCGUGUCUUGUUUUGUUCUCUUUCUUUUUACUUGUAAGGCUUAAAAAUCUCUUGUAAUACACGUGCAUGCAAAUCUAAUAGAAAAUCAAUAAUUAGGUCCUAGCCU